AAUUAAUCUGAAAUCAUUUUGAUUGAAGAUUUUGUUAUUUUUUUGUCAUUUAAAAUGAUGUCCUUGCCAAGACCUUUGGUUGGAUAAAAUAAGAAAUGUGAAGGCUUUAUUUUAGCUGGUAAAAAUCUUUAUCAGGUCUUUUGGUCACUAUUUGUUAUUGUCAUAUGUAGUCCCGUCACAGACAACCAUAGAACUACACCCACUGGACAGGGGUCUGUAAAAAGAUUGUCCACCCUAAGGAUUGUUCACAGAAAUUCACAUUUUGCUUUGGACGCUGUGGAAACAUUUAAACUGGUUCCAGUCUGAGAAGUUGUUGUGCAGCGAUGCACUGAUCCCUGUGACAGUUACUCCCUGUAAUUGAGUUUUCACAGCCCAUCAGUUGUCAGAGUCAGAUGUGGGUUUUUUCACUGAUAGACAAUGAAAUGUGAAUUUUCGAAAAAAAAAAAUCCUAGAUUUCACUCUGUGAUUUCUUAUCUGAGGUUUGGUUGUGUGCUACAACAUUCAACCAUCAUUCCUUCUCAUGCCGUAUUGCCAUUUAAAUUUAAUGAUAGUGACUAGACACUGGUUUAUACGAUAGAUUCCCCUGAAGAGUAUUGUCCCAGGAUAUCGGCAUUUCAUUCCUGUGUGUGUCACGUCUAGGUCUAACUAUGUCAUUACGAGAAAACCGUGACAAAUUGUGAUUUCAGGGGACGCGCCAGCAGACAAUCCCCUUUCUUUUUAAUGGAGAUGCAUUAUAGGAGGAGCAGUUACUUUAGUAUAAUGGAACUCCAAGGAAAAAACUAAAUGACCUCCCCUCUGUUGCAAUGUCUGAAUAGUCUCACAUAUAUGUAUAUAUAUAUGUGUAUAUGUAAUGUAAUGUAAUGUAAUAUGUGUGUAUAUGUAUAUACAUAUAUGGAAUGGCAAGUCACGUGAGUAUUAUGAAAUAUGAAAACACAUUAACAAAAAGAAGAAAAAAAACAUUUACAAACAAAACCAUGCAUACACAAUAUUACACUAAUUAAUUAUAUUAACUCAUGGUAUUAUUUUAUUAGUUAACUGAAAACAACUUUUUAAAAGAUAUCUCCACACUACUAAGCCCAGUUCAUUUGAAUGUGAAACCUCCUUGUGUUAAUAUUUCAUCGGUAAUUUCUUAUACAUUUAGAAGACAAUAUUACAACACCUUAUUAAGGUUGGUUUUAGGUCAAGUUUGGUAGAUACUGUACUUUAUUGUCCCUUUGUCCCAUGUAGCUGCUUCAUUAAGAGGGAAUUGAAGUAAAAACACAGAACACAAAGCACAGACAGAAUUGCAUACUGCACUAGUUAUUAUGCAUACUGCAUACAUUAUUUGUAAUGAAAUAAUGUUUAAAUAUGUCGCAACUACUGAACGUUUUUUUUUUCUUUUUUUUUUUAAACUUGUGACCAUGACUCAUCAUGGAUUACUGGACCAAAAUAAAUUGAUCAGCCACAACAUUAAAUCUGCUAACUGAUGUCAGACUGACCACAUCCACUUGUUAUUAGAAUACUUUUCAGAAACAUUAGUAGUGUAAUGUAUUUAGUAAUUUUUGAAUAAUAGAAUAAUAGUAAAAAACAGCACAUAUCAGCAGCAACAUUAGAACUAGUUACCAGUUUUAAUGUUGUGGCCAGUCAGUGAAUGUCGAAAAGCACUAUCACCUCUACCAACAGGUGGCAGCACCGCUGCAUUGACGCGUCUAUAAUGCCUCCAUCCAAAGUAAAAGAAGAAGAUACUGUUUGUUACUAGGCACCAUGUCGCGUUGGUCGCAUCCACCUCCACCAGCAGGUUGCUAAGGAAAAUGUCUCUGAAGAGAGUUUGCGGUUUAUUUCGUCGUCUUCACAGUGGAAAACAUCGACUCUGAAGCGGCGACUGCAACCGCGGAAUACCGUCUGUCUGUGGGCGUCAUGUGAGACCUCGGUGCCGUACGGCUAAAGUUAGCUAACCGAGAGCAGUAAGUUAGUAAGACUCGUCAUCUGCUCUUCUGAAUAAACCUCACUUUGACCUAUCAUGUUCAAUCCCAGUGAACUCGAAGGUGAAGUGGAUCAUUCAUUUUUUGAUAGUGACGAUGAUGGCCUUGUCAGAGAUAAGCAGAAAAAGAUGGAGAGCCCACCGGCACAUGAGAGACUUCAAGCAAAACAGAUGGAAAAAACAAAAGCUGUUGUUUCUCCGAGAACUGAUGGGACCAAACAACACCUGAAGCAAGUAAACAACAACAGAGGCAGAGAGGGAGGGAGAGACAACAGCUAUUGGUCAAAGGAAGAAGAGAGGAGCAGGUCAUCACAGGUAUCAUCUGUCGCCUCUAUGUCAGAUAAAGUCAUCAGUAAUAUCAGUGAUAGUGAGGAAGAUGACAGUUCACAAGCUAAAAGGCAUGGGAGGACAUUCAUGGCUUUGUUGGCUGAAUCCAGUGAGGUACAUGAUAAGAGUAUGGAUGAGUCUGAUGUAGAAACAUCACCAUCCAGUGCCAAACAUUCAGGCUCAAGAUUGAAAAGGAAACAAUAUCCUAAAAAACUGUCAAGAAACCGGCACACCAGGAGUCCGUCCUCCACUUCAACAGAGUCCAGUGUAGACGCCGACUCGGAGAGUUGUUCCAGCAGUAAUAGUGGGACAAGCUCUUCAGGGUCCCCCACCUUUCACAAAUAUAAGAGGUCCUCUUCCUCUCCUGGACGGAGGAGGGCCAGAGUGGGUUCAGCAGGAUCAAGGGACAGCCGUAACAAGGAGUCGGAGUCGAUGACAGAUGUGAGCCCCCUCUCCUCACCUGACAUCAGCCCUCUGCAGUCGUUUGACCUGAACCAUGGAGAGGCUGAUGGUGGAAGCCUUAAAGAAGAGGAGCAGCAGCAGCAGCAGCAGCAGCAGGAGGCGGAGAGUGUGCCCUCCGGUGGCCUCAGCAAUAUACAUCACAAUGAAACCUUGGAUCAGGAUGUGGAUGAAUGCUCUUUCACAUCAGAGAGUCAACUCGGUGGAAAACUGGACUUCCGCUAUUCUGGAGGGAAAAACAGGAAGAACUACUCAUUCAGAAAUGAAGAGGUCCGACGUAUCGAUCAAGAGAACCAGCGGCUUCUUCGGGCGCUGUCGCGUCUCUCUGUAGGGUCCAGACCAAAAAGUGCAUCGGGGAAGAGAACCAGUAAAGCUGGCCUCUCGCCUGUUGUCCGUCACUGUCCCAGUGCACUCAAUAGGCAGCGGGAACAGAAACGCAUCGAGAGGGAAAACCUAGCUUUGCUGAAGAGACUCGAAUCUGCCAAACCCACACAGAGUUUGAGGCGCUCAGAGCAACUGGCUCACUACCAGCGCCAAACUGGAUAUUUGGAAGGCAGUAAAUUCUCAGUGAGCCCCAGGUCUGCCACUCACCACAGGUCCGGACCAGUACCUACCAUCACACCUGUGCCCGGGUCAAAGCAGCUGGGUGCAGCCCGACCGGCCUGGUGCUGAAAACACAGCUCUUUUUAGCCAUUUCAUCUGACUACUUUUACACUGUUCUCCAUUCACCAGAACAGGUAAAGUGUGGAAGUCAUAAAGGAUUCUGUUUUUCAUCAGCUAUUCAGUGACUGUGUUGUCAUGUUUCUCUAUUAUUUAAGAAACUGACACACUUGUCUGCUCCUCGAUGUUAAGGUGUCGCCAACGAUGCUUUGGGCUCAAAUUUAUUGUAUUGCAGUCAGUGUAGCCAGUAGCUUGCUGUAUUUGGAUUGAAAAUGAUGCCUUUGUUUCAACAGCUGAUACAAAAUUAUAUAUACAUAUAUAUCAAAAUAACAAACUAUUUUAUUUAAUUAAAUGCCAUUUCAAUUAAAUCUGCAUUUUGUCACAUCUGAGUUGUUAAUGUUUUUACAUGAUUAUUUGUCAGGUAAUAUUUGUUGUUAUGUUAUUAUUGUUCCUUACAAAAUAAAGCUGCCUUUUACCCUAUAGUUGGCAGUGUGAUAUUUACAACUAGGAAAAUGGCAAGCAGUAAAAAAAAAAACAAGUUUGUGAAACUUUGUGCAUUACAGUGGUCAGUGUGGUAGAAGAUUUGUCCCUGAUAGGAAAGGUAAUAAAAUGGCACCAGCUUUAGGGUCCCGGUAAUGUUCAUGCAUGGCUUACACUUGAAGAAUCUUCUUCUUAUAAUAAUAGUAUUUUUUCUGCUGUGUAAAACAGCUGUUUAACUGUAGGUGGCAGGUUGACAUGUCAAAGAGAACAUACAUUAAACAGACCAAACUAUUAGACUAAUAAACUUUUAUUCUUAAUAAAAUAAUGUAUAAGGUGGGAUACAUGGGUCGGAGUGGUCUCAACAUAACAAUACAAAGCCUCUGCAACUGCUUCA